AUGAGCCUGCUGUCCGCCGGUUGCGUGGCGCUGCUCUGGCUGGCUGCCGGCCUGCUGGCAGUCGCGGCCUGGCUGUGGGCCGCCCGCCGCCGGACGUCGAUCCCAGGACCCCCGGCGCUGCCGCUGCUGGGAAACGCGCUCAGCUUCUACCAGCUGCCCGUGCUGUGGGGCCGCCUCGCGGAGCUGCACACCCGCUACGGGGACAUCUUCAGACUCUACGUGGGCCCGAAACUGGUGAUUGUGCUAACACAGCCAGAAGACGUCCAGUGCCUGCUUUUGGGCAGCAAACCGCGACAACGCGAACCCUACGUUGCGCACGUACUGCGUACAUUUAUGGGAGACGGGCUGCUCACCAUCAACGGCGAAACCUGGAAAAGACACCGAAAGAACAUCGAGCCGGCGUUCCAUAUAGAAGAGCUGGAGAAAUUCAUGGAGAAGUUCAACGACGCUGGGCGUUUCUUGUGCGAGCAGCUGGCGGAAAAUAAAGGAGCAGAGGUGGAACUGUACCACCCACUCAUACACACUACUUUUCGUGCGGCUGCAGCCACUAUUUUCGGCACCGACGUGGACUGUAUUUUACCAGGUCGUUUCCGGCAGGCUGAGGUGGUUGAUCUAGCGGCUGAUUUCGGAAAAACUUUAUCGGCAAUUAUAUACCGUCCAUGGACAACAGUCAACUUGACGAGGUGGAUGACUGCACAAGGUCGGAAACUGUCAAGAUUUAAUACUGUUAUCAAAUACAUAACUGAUCGUGGUUUUGCCUUAGCCAGCAAAAAUGUUGAUGGCCUAAAGGCCAAUGAUAGAACACUCCUCACCUUGCUUCUUAAGGAAGAACAUUCAGGCACGAGAUUUACUGACAAGGAAUUAAGUGAUGAAGCGAUAACACUAACCAUUUCUGCCAUCGAGACGACUUCUUGCUCGAUGGGCUACGUGCUGUGUGCGCUGGGACUCUACCCGGAAUGGCAGGACUUGGCACAGCGCGAGUUGGACGACUGUUUUGGAACUGGGGGCGACUACCUACGACCUGUCACCACUGCAGACCUUUCCCAGCUGAAAGUCAUCGACGCCAUUAUGAAGGAGGCUGGGCGGCUGUUCACGACGGUGCCCUGCAUGCCGUACCUGGUGACUGAGGACUCACCGCUGGCAGGCGGCCGCCACGUCGCGCCCCGGGGCAGCACCGCGCUCAUAGCCUACUACCUGAUGCACCGCCACCCCGAGCUCUUCCCCCAGCCGGACAAGUUCGACCCCGGCCGUUUCCUGGAGGGCGGCAGCGCCACGUUCAGGAAGCCCUACAGCUACAUCCCUUUUGGCAUCGGCGCUCGCAAGUGUAUUGGCAGCCGAUAUGCAGUACUGCAGAUGAAAGUCAUCCUAGCGACGGUUCUGCGGCGCUACCGAAUACUUCCCGGAACGAGCAGGGAGGAACUGGAAGAGAGUGUGAUCUCAAUGUCGUCUCACCCAAUAACCGGCUUCAGAGUUACUUGUAUCCCACGAGAAAACUUGCCCUCCAAUUCAGUGUAAGAGAGGACUGUAUUACUUUUUUUUAUGCAGCCCACCAAGGUUCCUAUCCUGCGCCAACCUUGUCAGAGUGUUACUUGCAACCUACGUCCUCAAUUAUUAGCUGGAUGUAUUCCACUCUCUGUCUUCCUCUACAGUUUCUAUGGCCUACAAAUUAUUUUCAACAUUCAUCUCUAGCACCACAUGCCAAAUGAUUUGAUUUUCUUCUGUUUGAGUUUUCUCACAAUCCAUGUUUCACUACCACACGACGCUGUCCCCCAGACGUACACUCUCAGAAAUUUCUUCCUCAAAUUAAGACCUGUGUUUGAUACUAGUAGACUUGUCUGGUCUGUUAGACGACUGUCAGUUUGUCUUCAGGAAAGCUAAAGGCACCAGAUAGGCAGUUCGGACGUUGCGGCUCGUAAUGGAAACCAAAGCACUGACAAAUCAAAACACUUUUAUAGGAUUUGUCGACCUGGAAAAAGCGUUAGACAACGUGAAAAGGAGCAAGGUUUUCGAAAUUCUGAGGAAAAUGGGGGUAAGCUACAGCGAAAGAAGGGUAAUAUACAGAUUGAACAAGAGCCAAGAGGGAACUAUAAGACUGGAAGACCAAGAAUAAAGUGCUAGGAUUAAAUGUGUGUUCAACUUUACAUAGAAAGGGCAAUGAUGGAAACAAAAGAAAGGUUCAAGGGCGAUGAUGGAAAUAAAAGAAAGGUUCGAGGGCAAUGAUGGAAAUAAAAUAAAUGUUCAAGAAUGUAAUAAAUAAUUCAAGGUAAAAGGAUAUUGGUGUUAAGAUUUCCUGAUGACAUCGUUAUUCUCAGUGAAAGUGAAGAAGAAUUAUAGGAUCUGUUGACUGGAAUGAACAGUCUAAUCAUUACAGAAUAUGGACUGAGAGCAAACACAAGAAAGACGAAAGCAAUGGGAAGAAGCAGAAAUGAGAACAGCGAGAAACUUAACAUCAAGAUUGGUGAUGAUGAAGUAGAUGAAGUAAGUAGAUGAAGUUAGGGAAUUCUGCUCCCUAGGGAGCAAAAUAACCGAGAAUGGACGGAGCAUGGGCUGAAGUACACUAGC